CUUCUCUCCUAUAAGAAACCACGGAUCGAGUUCAGACCAACCGUCCUUUCACGCGUUGAAGAAGGGUCAAAUCUCAUCGCUUCCGUCCCUCAAUCCCACGGCUCAAGUCCUGCCACAUCGCCGAGCGCUCUCACCCAACGGUGCCGCUUCCAUCUCCGUGAUCCCAACGUUUCCUCUUCUGCUUUUCGAGGGUUCUCUUAAGAUAAAGAACCCUCCACCUUCGCUGAAAUUGUCUAGGGCUUUUUAAGAGUUAACGAACAAUUUUUCUAGGGUUUUCUAAAAAUUUCAGGGAGAGAUUUCUUGGGUUUUGGUAGUUUCAGAUCUCCCUUUCUCCUGAACUUUUUAGGGUAUCUUCUGUUUCAUUUUUCAGAAGCUAAAGCCUUCCUUUUCUAGGAGUUCAGAAGGUACGGAUCGUCCAUUUCUUCCUCUCUAGGGUUUCCAAAAGGUACAGAUCUAGCAUCAUUCUGGUCUUUUCUAGGGUUUCAGAAGGUAGAGAUCUUCAACAAAGAACGCAGAUCUUACACGCCCCCCUCCCCCCCCCCACACCCCCUUUGCCCCGCUAACUUCCCGCAAAUUUCUAGAGUUUAUCAAAUCCAUCACCAAUGGCGACACAGAGCCCCUUACCAGUGUCCCAGGGCACGGCCAUUGCAACAACACCCGCUGCCCGUGCAUUCUUUGCUCGCCUCUCGGAUGGAGCACGUGCUUCCCUGGCUCAGCGUCGGCCAUGGAUGGAGCUGUUGGAUCGAAACCAGCUCUCAAAGCCUGAUACUCUCUCUGAAGCCACUGCUCGAAUUCGGAAGAAUUGGACCUACUUUCGCAUCAAUUACCUUAUUCUCUUGUGUGGUGCCCUAGCGAUCAGCCUGGUUUCUCAUCCAGUCUCUCUCUUCAUGCUCGUUUGUUUACUGGCUGGAUGGAUCUUCCUGUACUUUUUCAGGACUGAGCCUUUGAUUCUCUUCAAUCGAUCCUUCAGUGAUAGAGAGGUUCUGGGCAUCAUGGUUCUGCUCACUGUGAUUGUGGUGUUCUUGACGAGUGUUGGGUCUCUGCUCAUUUCUGCUCUCAUGUUUGGGCUCGCCAUCGUAUGCGCUCAUGGUGCUUUUCGUGUGCCUGAGGAUUUGUUCCUUGACGAGCAGGAGUCCUCUGGUGGGUUCUUGUCAUUCCUUGGAGGGGCUGCUACACCUGCACCUGUUGUGGCUGCGCAUGUUUGAGGAUCCAGAAGCUAAGGGAUAUGCCCGUCUUAUGGAAGCAUAUCUCGAGGACGCCGAACGGGUUCGCGAAUCUAAUGGUCAAGGACGGAGCCAAGGCUCAUGUUGAAGAAUAGGCGCAAUCAACUUCGGGUGGUUACAGAGUACGUGCUUCCUUUGGGGGCGGGGUUUUUUUGUGGACUGGGAUUUUUUGUUAGCUACUCUCUUUAUUUUUUUGUCCAUUUGCAGUACACUGUGUAAGGAGAUAAUUUUGUAACCCAUUUUGUAUAGGGACUGAUGACAUAUUCUUUUUUACCAGGAGUUCCGUUUACUUAAGGUACUCUGGGAUUUACUUUUACCUCAUUGUAUGUAUUCUUUCGAUCAAUACAAAAGUUAACAGUUAUCAAAAAAAAUUGUAUAUGCGAAGAAAACAAUGAGGAUUCAUAUUUUGGCAUUUCGGCAGAUAAAACACUACUAUACUGUUGUUGGUCUAGCUGCAUUCACUUGGAUGAUGUCCGUAACUAAUCCGAAAUGGGAAAGAAGAAAUUUUUUGUUGUAGUUCCAGAUAAAUUUUGGUGAUGUCUUGAAGAUUUUAGUGAAAUGGAUUCUUGAUAUAUCAAUUAUGCAUGCUUUUUUUAAA